AUGUCUACCGUUGAUGUGGGACACAGGACGGAACCAUUAACCAUGAAAGCAGUUGAUGUGGGAAACAAGACUGAUGACUUGUGGAUCCAAACUACCCAUAGCCCGCUAUUGGAUGGCGUUAACUCAAUCAUCGCCUGCCUGGGUGUGCUUGGUAACGGCAUGGUCAUCACCGUUAUGCUGCUCAGACGACGAGUGUUCAGCUCCUUCACGAAUCGCCUCAUCCUGCACCAGUCAGUCAUCGACUGUGUUACGUGCGUUGUGUUUUUCUUGUGGCGGGUAGUUUUCCAGAACGUCUACAAGAACGUGUCAUUGGAAGGCAAUAUCUACGAUCAGUUGAUAUGUCGGUUCAUAUACGUGGACUAUUUUCUCUGGUGCUUGGAUGUGACCUCCACAUGCAACCUUGUCAUGAUAUCGCUGGAGCGGUUUAUGGCGACCUGUCACCCUGUGAAGCAUCGCAAUACCUGGACCCCAGCCAAGCUGAAGUUUGCAGUUGCAACUGCUUGGGCCAUUGGCUUCAUAUACGGCUCACAUUUUGUCUUUAUGUUUGAAGCACGUCAGGGUCGUUGCCGAUUUGUUGAAUUGAAAAUCGGUUGGAAGAUUUUUGAAGCAUCAGCAGUGAUUACUGUCGAAUAUUUGGUGCCCAUUAUCAUCUUGAUCUACACAUACAGCCGGAUUUUUAUUGUCAUCAAGAAAUCUGCCAAUUUGCUGAACGGUCCUCGGAAUUUCAUUAAUAAAGCUAAGAAGAACAUUCUCGUUACGACGAUGCUGAUCAGCAUUAUGUUUGUUGUGUGCUGGACACCAAUAGAAGUCUUCUACGUUUGCGCAUACAUCUCGGGAAUAUGGGGAGGUUGGUUGUACGCAACAUUCACAGGCCUGCUGGCCUGCAACAUGUUCGUCAACCCGAUCAUUUACUGCUUCAAGUACGAGCAUUUUCGGUCGGAGUUGAAGAGCCUGGUCAUCAGAAGGUGUCGUACAAGCCGGGUUGGGGACGGGGAGGCCAUUCCAAUUCCAGCUGCUACCCCAUGA